AUGAAUGAUGAUGUUCUAUCUACAAUGAUGAUCUCCCCAGGCUUGUUACCAACUGGAUCUUUGCUAGAUUCUUUGAUUCAUGUGUCAAAUGAAGUUGGGUCAAUGGAGAAGUUUCCCUUCAUUAACAUAAGGAACAUUUCAUCCAUGAUAAGGAGGAUCAAGCUUCUUUCUUCAUUGUUUGAAGAGAUUCAAGUAACAGAUACCCCACUUCCUCCUCCUUCAAUCCUGUGUCUCACAGAACUCUUCUCUGUGAUUAGUAGAGUGAAGGUUUUGAUCCAAGAGAGCAAGGAUAGAAGCUCUCUUUGGGGUCUCAUCCAGUUAGAGUUCAUUUCCAACCAAUUUUAUGUGCUUGUGAAGGAGAUGGGAAGGGCCCUUGAUAUCUUGCCUCUAAAAUUGCUCAACAUAACAACAGAUAUAAGGGAACAAGUGGAGCUUCUUCACAAACAAGCAAAGAGGACUGAGUUACUAAUUGAUCCUCGAGAGCUUCAACGAAGAGAACAGCUUCUACAAGUAAUGGCCAACAACAGUUUACAAAAUAAGCAGAACAAAGGGUUUAUUGAUUUUGGAAAAGUGGAAGAGAUAUUAAGUAGCAUUGGUUUAAGAACUCCAUCAGAUUAUGAUGGAGAAAUAUCAAAAUUAGAAGCCGAAGCUCAGAAUCAAGCAGGCACAGGAGGACUAAUUGUUGUGUCCAAUAUAAACAAUCUCAUAUCCCUUGUUUCUUAUUCCAAAUCCAUGAUAUUCAGAGAUGGAUCAGAGAAUGAUAGAAAUGAAGAAGAGUGUAAGCCACUAUCUGCAUUUUUAUAUAACAAAGUCCAUGAUAGUUCUUCAUCCUCUCACUCCAUGUCCAUGACACCUAAUAUUCCUGAUGAAUUUCGUUGCCCAAUUUCACUUGACUUAAUGAGGGACCCUGUGAUUGUAUCAUCAGGGCACACUUAUGAUAGAAAUUCAAUUGCUCAAUGGAUAAACUCUGGACACCACACUUGCCCCAAAAGUGGGCAAAGGCUCAUUCACACUGCACUAAUACCCAACUAUGCAUUGAAAAGCCUUGUACAGCAAUGGUGCUAUGACAACAAUGUCCCAGUGAAUGAUCCCACGAGCGAGGGAAACAACAAUAACAAGAAGUCGAAUGAGGAUGCCAUUGACCAUAUUUCUGCAAACAAAGCAGCUGCAGAUGCUGUCAAAAUGACCGCAGAAUUUCUGGUUGGAAAAUUGGCAACUGGUUCCGCUGAUAUACAAAGACAAGCAGCAUAUGAACUACGGUUACUAGCAAAAACAGGCAUGGAUAACCGAAGAAUCAUAGCCGAGGUAGGGGCCAUUCCCUUCCUUGUAACACUUCUAGGAUCUCAUGAUUCAAGAAUCCAAGAACAUGCAGUGACAGCCCUGUUCAACCUCUCCAUCUUUGACAACAACAAGAUUUUGAUCAUGGCAGCUGGAGCGGUUGACAACAUAGUAGAAGUACUCGAAUCCGGGAAGACCAUGGAGGCAAGAGAAAAUGCUGCAGCAUCAAUAUUUAGCUUGUCUAUGGUAGAUGAAUGCAAGGUACAAAUUGGAGCAAGACCAAGGGCAAUACCUGCCUUAGUUGGACUUUUGAAAGAAGGUACUCCAAUUGGGAAAAGAGAUGCUGCAACUGCACUAUUCAAUCUUGCAGUUUACAAUCCUAACAAGGCAAGUGUUGUUAAAGCUGGUGUAGUUCCUGUGUUGGUUGAGUUGUUGAUGGAUGAUAAGGCUAGCAUAACAGAUGAUGCCUUAGCCGUGCUUGCUUUGCUCCUUGGUUGCUCUCAAGGGCUAGAAGAGAUAAGGAACAGUAGAGGAUUGGUGCCACUUCUCAUUGAUCUUUUGAGAUUUGGAUCAGUGAAAGGAAAGGAAAAUUCAAUAACCCUUUUACUAGGAUUGUGCAAAGAAGAAGGGGAAGUGGUGGCAAGGCGUCUAUUGGCAAAUCCAAGGAGCAUUCCUUCACUUCAAAGCUUAGCUGCUGAUGGUUCUUUGAGAGCUAGAAGAAAAGCAGAUGCACUGCUUCGGUUGCUCAAUAGGUGCUGCUCUCAACCUCAUCAUUCUCUUUGA